UAAUCAUGCGAUUGUGAUGGCAAGAUUGAUAACUAACGGACAAGACAAGGGCCCACACCCGUUUAUUGUGCAGAUUCGAGAUAUGACAACUCAUGAACCUUUGCCAGGAAUCACUAUUGGUGAUAUUGGUCCAAAGUUUGGAUUUAAUGCAACAGACAACGGUUUCAUGCUAUUCGAUCAUGUGCGAAUUCCAAGAUUCAAUAUGCUUUCCAAAUAUUCACAAGUCAUUAAAGGUACUGGUGAAUACGUAAAUCCACCAAAUGAAAAAUUAUCAUAUGGCACCAUGGUAUAUGUACGUAAAAUGAUUAUAAUAAGUGCAGGGUUAGCUCUUGCACGUGCUGCUACUAUUUCUAUUCGGUAUUCUGCUGUAAGAAGACAGUUUGUUGAUAAAGAUAAUCCAAUGAUAUUGUCGAAUGGCCAAGUAGUAGAAACAGCUGUUCUAGACUAUACAAUGCAACAAUACAGACUAUUUCCCGUGAUUGCGCAAGCCUACGCUGUUUAUUUCACUGGAGAAGUUAUUGCUAACUUAUUUAAGCAAUAUACUAAACAAAGUUCACGCGGUGAUUUUUCAUUGCUCGCAGAUUUACACGCAUCCACCAGUGGUCUUAAAUCACUAACCACUACAAUAACUGUGGAUUCUAUUGAGGAUUGUCGAAGAGCAUGCGGUGGUCAUGGAUAUUCAAGCUUCAGUGGAUUUGCAAUGUUCUAUCAAAAUUAUUUACCCAAUACUACUUGGGAAGGUGAUAAUUAUAUCUUGACCCAACAAACCGCGCGUUAUCUUUUUAAAACAUAUCGUGAAAUCAUUCACAGCAAACAACAAAGUGAAGAAUUUUCUUUACACUCAAACACAAACCCAACGGUCUCUUAUUUGCUUCGAUACUUAAACAACCCAACUCAGAAAUGUACCGUCACUUCACCUUCUGAUUUUCAAAAUCCUGAAGUCCAAGUUGCAAUCUAUGGUUAUCGAGCAGCCUAUUUAAUCGCUCGAGCAGUAGAUCAAAUAGACAACCACAAAAAAAAUUGGAAUUCAAUGCUUGUAGAAAUCAAUCGAAUUUCACGUGCUCAUUGUCAAUAUAUAUUAGUUCAAAACUUUAUACUCACUUUACAACCUCAAACAUCAGGUUCAAUUGAUGAAAAAAGACGUAUUUUACAUAAUAGUCCAAGUUUAAAAACAGUUUUAACUUCAGUUUGUAAUUUAUUUGCAUUACAUACUAUGGAAAAAGAUCUUUCUGAUUUUUUAGAAUCUGAAUAUUUAUCACCGAAACAAGCAGAAAUGUUAAGAGUUCAAGUUUCCGAAUUAUUAAAUGAAAUUAGGCCAAAUGCUGUUGCAUUAGUUGAUGCUUUUAAUUUACCUGAUUAUUUAUUAAAUUCAGCAUUAGGAAGGUAUGAUGGAAAAGUUUAUGAAACUAUGAUUGAAUGGGCAUCUAAAGAACCGUUGAAUGGUGUCACACCAGAUAUUAAUCCUUAUAGUGAAAUUUUGUUUAGAAAUGAUGUCAAAGCUAAAAUUUGA